CCUGCGUCCUUUGAUCAUCCUUGAGAUCUUUCUAGAACUAAAUUAUAGUCCACCUGUGGCAAAUUCAAUUGAUUGGACAGGAUUUAGGAAGGCACACACCUCUCUGUAUAAGGUUCCAUACUUCAUAUUGCAUGUCAGAACAAAAACCAAGCCUUGAAGUCCAAGGAAAUCCGUAUACUUGCGGAGUGUGUUGAGGCAUAGAUCUGAGAAAUGUUCUAAAAUGUUGGAAGUUCCCAGGAUCACAUUGGGCUCUGUCAUUGUGAAAUAGAAGUUUGGAACCGCCAAUAUUCUUUCUUGAGCUGUCCAUCCGGCCUUGCUCAGGGAGGUCACAAAGAACCCAAUGACCGCCAACAGAUCUUCAGAGUUCUUCUACAGAGUGGUUGGAGUAUCUUCUGAGUGGUAGGGACUGGGAGACUGGUCUGGUUUGAGGGAAGGAUGAAUUGCACAGGUCACUGAAGAAAUCCUGAUCCAGACUGCACAGGCCCCAAAAAUGACACUUUCAGCAUGACAACCCCAAGCACACAGCCAAGACAAUGCUGGAGUGGCUUCGAGACAAAUCCGAAUGUCCUUUAGUGGCCCAACUAAAUCCUGGGCUUGAACCCAAUUGAGCAUCUGGGGGAAGAUCACAGUUCACUGACCCUCCCCAUCCAGUGUGAACGAGCUUGAUAGGAUCUACAAUAAAUAAUGAGAAACUACUGUAAUACAGGCUUCCAAAGCAGGCUUAUGAGAAAUGUUGAUAGGAGAUGAACCCUCAGGGUGUGGUGCGAGCAGCCCAGGCCUGGCUCCAGUCAUCUAUGCAGGUCCAAGUGCCCUUUGCCUGGCUUGAGGCGUGUGUAGAGUGGCUGCAGCAGGAGGGAGGUGGUGCCUCCCUGCCCCAACACCAACUUAAUCAACAGGUCCUAGAUCAGUGGCUCCUGACCGACCUGCGUGACCUGGCACACCCUGUGCUCCCUGCAAGGCUGUCUCAGGCUCAUAAAUCAGAGCUCAUUGGAAGCUUCUGCGUGCAGCUGGACUUUGUACUGGACGUCAGCCAGCCCGCCUAUGGCCAGCUCCAACGCUGGAGAGGCACCGACUGCAUCAAUGAGACUGUGUCAGCUGUCACCCAGGCCUCCCAACGUCCUUGGGAGGCCAAGCCCACACGCAUGCUGCUGCUGCAGGUCACGGAUGGUGUGCAGAGCCUGGAGGCCAUGGAGUACCAGCCCAUCCCUGCACUUAGCACCACUCUUAGGCCAGGAGUCAAGUUGCUGCUGCAGGGCCAAAUGACCUGCCGACUAGGGGUGCUGCUUCUGAAGCCAGGCAACGUGAAGGUGCUGGGGGGGGAGGUGGAGGAGCUGGUUGAGAGGCACUGCCAAGGGAAGGUGCUGUGCAGAGCUCUGGGAUUGCCUGAGGAGGAGCCACAGGGUCUGGCCGAGCGGCCAGAGGAGCAGCCUGUGGUCCCUCUCCCGCAACCAGGGGACUGGGAUGCCAGCAACCAGGAACCCGAUGACCUGGAGCUGCUUGCCAGCCUGGAGGCCCAGGAGGGGGAGGCGGGUUGGAGAACAGAACCCAGUCUGGAGAGUGGAUACGGGACACACAGUGAGGCAUCCUCCGCCUCUUACGGAAAUGCCCCUCUGCCGAGCCGGCACUUAGAAAGCCGUGUAGUUUCUUCAUUAGGGACCCAUUUACACCACGGGACCAUUGAUUCAGACAUGUUGGACAUCCCGGAUGAGGACUUUGAUGACAUUCCUCUGGACGAGCUUGACAGUGUGAUCAUCCGGGAGAGUCCCAUUCGACAGACGAACCGGGCAGGAAGUGAAAGGGACAACCUAAGGCAAGCGUGUGAAGAUCCCAUAUCCCUGUCAAGUGAAGUGCCAAACGAAAGCCAUUUUGACUCCCUCGAUGAGAGGGAUGACCCUUUAUUGGAUGAGGACAUGGACAUCUUCUCUCCACCGGAGCCAGAAGGUCAGAGACAGGAGCUUAGACUGGACCGUAAUCGUGUCAGGCAACAGGGAAACGGACAGGCCUCUGCGCAGAGUGUGACGACUGUGACGCUCAAGUCACAGCCAUUUACGUACCUGUGUGUUCUGAAACAAGGUCCAAGCCCCACGGGCCUGCCAGAGUGUGUAAGCGAGGUACGUGUGAAAGCCUUCAUCGUCACCUUGCUAGGGAACCUCCGUAGCCGUGCAGGAGAGUGGCAGGUCAGCGCCACCAUCUCCGAUGGAACUGGUUACAUGGACGUGGACCUCUCGGACCAGGUUCUGACUGUCUUGCUGGGGUUCUCGGCGGCCGAGAAGCAGAAGCUGGACCCGGCCCGGAAGGCAGCUGGGAUGAAGGCAUGUCAACAAGGUCUGGUGGACAUGUGCUGUGUGAUGACCCUGAGAUUGGACCCUGCUGAUGGGAAGGCUCUGGUCAUCAAGGCUGAUGCAGUCACGGAGGAGGACUGUCUUGCUCUGGAGGCUCGAGUAAAAUCCCGGGGCGGGCGGUAGGACCGUGCAGUGUGGACUGACGAGGACUGCCAGGCCAGGCUCUGGGGAAUUCAGAUUUGUGAUUGUCUCGGAUGUAAGUCUUUUACAUCGCCAAUUCAUGGCGCCUCAGUUGUACAGUUAAUUCACGGCGCUUUCGGUAUUUUUUAAGUAGGAUUAGUUGAAAGUAAAUGUCUCUGAUGAUUAUAUAUUAUUUCUUUUUUUUUUUGCGAAAGAACAACAGUUUUAUUUUUGCGGAUAAAUUGUAAUGAGAGUUUUCCCUUUCACCUCAUUACUUUCAGAAAUGUUUCCCCCCCCCAGAGUCCCCUUCCUGGCUGCUGGUUAUUCCAUGUAGGCUACCACACAAUGACACAUUUUGGUAAUUUCUGUUAGAGUUCCUCUAUUUCGUCUGAGUAGGUAAGUGGACCAUAACGCCACGCCCCACCCCCUGACAGUUAGUACUUAGCCUAGGCUUAUUGCUAUUCUAGAUUGUGCGUGUCCAUCCAGAUCUUUUGUCUGACUUCAUUAAGUCCUAAUCAGGUACAACAUUGAAAUGAGUAGCCCGCGUUGCAUGUCAUUAGCCUGUUACGUUUUAAUGACUGGACCCACCAUGGAGAGAGUGUAGUGUAGGGAUGUGAGAACCCAUAGGCCUGGUGAAUUAUUUGCAGAAUGGGGAGAUGGGGCUUGGUUGGGUACGUGGGUGUAUUGGGAAGCCACGCAUUGUACACUUGUGUUAUUUUUUUGGUCAUAUUGUUACAUGGCUGAAAUGUAUGCUGGGAAUUAUAUAAGCCCUACAAAUGUCAUGGGUCAUUAUGAAGGGUCUGCUGUUGUGCAUGUGGUGCUUGCAAGAACAGCGGCUUGGGUUUGAUUCUUGUUUUGGCCUACUGUUGGCUAUACUGUAUGUUACUUGAAUAAAAAUGGAGGUCUAUCGUGAAAA